AUGAAAAUUCGUAAACUAUAUGGCUUAAUAAAGAAGACGUAUUAUGAAAAAAAAAAAAAUCCCAUUCUUUAUUUCUUUUUUUUGUUAAUACCCUUUUCUUUAAUACUUUUCCACUUGUUCUUGAGGAACUUGAGUGAGAAAUACUCGUUUGAAUUAGCUAACCUUUUUUCGGAAAAUGACAAAAUAGAUUUAAACGAUACCAUAAGGCAAUAUGUAUUGUUUAUGAGCAAUGAUUUGUGCUCAAAAGAAAUAAAUAAUACUAUAUAUGUGAAUCAUAUAUGCCUUACACCUCCCUCCAAAAUUAUAAACGAUUUUUUAAAAUAUGCGAAUGAAAAUGAUAUGAAUAUUUUUCGAAUAUAUAAUAGUGAAAAAGAAUGUGAACAAAAUUUUAAAUAUGCAAUAUUUCUUAAUGAAAAUGAUGUAAAGGGUUUGGGGAAAAAUCAGGAAAAAAAUAACACCAAAUUAAGUUACCAAUCUAUUGAAUUUAAUAAUCAAAUAUUAAAUAAUUAUAAAAACAAAAUAAAAGACAAUUAUAAACAUGACAAUAAUGAACUUACUAUUGAUGAUUUAUAUAAAAAUAUAUAUUCAGAUAAAGAAUAUGAAAAAUUAUUAAAAUUAAAAAUAGACCAGCAUACAUUAAAUACGAUUAAAAAAACGAAAUUAUAUAAAAAAUUUAUAAAAAAUAUUAAAAGUAUAAAAAGUGAAAGUCAGUAUAAAGAAUUUGUAAAUGAUAAAAAAAAUAUUUUAUUUUUUUUUAAUUUUGUGAAAAAUGAUGUUAUAGAAACGAAUUAUUCAUGUGGACUAUUAGGUAUCGAAAAUCUUAAAUAUGAGUCAAAAAAGGAUGAUAAAAAAAGGAAAUCAAAAUUGUUUUUUUCGAAUUUGGUUGGAAAGUAUUUAAAUAAUUUAUCAUAUCACAAAAAAAUAGACCAUAAAAAAAUAGACCAUAUUAAACAAUCCGAGGACCAUUAUUCUAGUAACUUUCAAAACAUAACAAACUUGCCAAUAACAUCAAAAUUAAAUUCAAAAAAUUAUGAACAAAGAAAUAAUUUCAGAUUGUAUAAACCUAAUAAUGGGAACAUAAAGAAUGUUAAUAAUGUUUCAAUAAUUCCUGAAAAUUUAGAUUUCCAAAAUGAUGAUCCUAUAUCAAAUAUAAGCUACAAAAUAAGAGUAGGAGAUUAUGCAUUAUUAAAUUCAAAUGAAAAAAUAUUUUUUAAUGAUAUUAAUAUAAACUUAAAACAAAAUUUUAUAAAUUUUAACACUGUUGAUGAUUUAUCAUUUAACAUAUAUUUUAACGAAUGGUAUUAUAAUAGUUUUUUUAUAGCUCUUGAAUAUCAUUUUAAUUAUUUUCUUUUAAAAUAUAAUAUGUUUAAAAAUAAUGGAAAUGAAGAAUUUGUAAAUUAUAUUAACAAAAUUAAUGAUAAAAAUAUUGUACACUCAAAUGAAGAACCUAAUGAUGAUACAAAAUAUGUUACAAACUUUUCGCUCGAAAAUUUUUAUUCUUAUAAAAUGCCUGUGAAAAAUUUAAAGAUUAAUGCAUUUGAUGCUUUAGAAAAGAAUAUAUUUCGAAUUAUUAUCUUUUUAUGUAUUUGUUUAUUUAUAAUAAAUAUUUGUUUUGAUAUAAAUAAAGAACGAAAGAUAAAUAUGGAGAAUUUUUUGUUUUGCAUAAAAGUAAAUAAAUAUUAUUAUUAUUUCUCAUGGUUAUUAUUUUAUUUUAUAGUAUUAUUUUUUUAUAAUAUAAUAUUUACAUAUAUAAUAUAUUUUUAUAUAUUUAAAAAAUUAAUAAAUUAUUUUAUUUUAUUUUAUUAUAUAUAUAUGUUUAUAAUUAAUAGUUUAUUAGUUACAGUUAUAUGUGUACAUUUUUCAUAUAAUAGUGCAAUUAAUUAUAUAGCUUCAUUUUUGUUAUUUUUUAUUUUUUCUACAUUUCGUUUGAUUAUUCAUUCUGGGGCAAAAAAAAUAUUGAUAUCAUUAGUUUUAUUAAUUCCCCAUUCUUCAUUUUGUUUAGCAUUAGAUUUUAUUUUUAUAUUAAUUAAAAAUGAUAUCAAAAUAAUGUUAAAUGAAAUGUACAUAACGAUAGAAGAUAUAUGUUUGAUGGAUCUUGUUAUAUACCCAUUUAUUUCGUUUAUUAUUUUAGUAUCUAUUUUAACAUUUAUUAUAUAUAUCAAGAGCAAAGAUACAAUAAAUUUCAGUUUUAAGAUUAUCCCAUUAACAGAAAAGACAAAUAUUUAUCACAAAAAUUAUAACACCACCAUUAUCGAAGAAACUAAAACAGAAAAUAAAGAUAACCAUGAUUCUAUAUACAAUUUAGAAUUUGAUUCAAGAGAUAGAAAUAUAAAAAAUAAAUCUAUAAACAAAAAACACAAAUUUAUAAAAACUGCUUAUAAUAAUAAUAAUGAUGAUGAAGUAAUUGCAAAUAAUAAGUGUUGUUUAUUUAUUAAAAAUGUAAACAAAUUUUAUGGAAAAAAACAAGCAUUAAAAAAUAUUUCUUUAACAUUGAGAAGCAAUCGAAUUUUUGUUUUAUUGGGAGAAAAUGGAUCUGGAAAAUCUACUCUUAUAAAUAUAAUCACAAAGAUGAUAAAUAAAGAUAGUGGAGAAAUUUAUUUUGUUAAAAAUGAUUUUAAACUAAGAAAAGACACACUGGAAAAAAAUCAACAUGAAAAAAAUCGAAAUAAAAAAGAACUAGAAGUUAGUUUUUGCAGUCAAAAUGUAAUAUUAUAUGAUAAUUUAACCUUUUAUGAAACUAUUAGAAUAUUUUUAUUAUAUUAUAAUAAAGAUGUUAAUAAAUAUUUAAAAAAGAAAAGAACAUUAAAAAUGUUAAACGGUUUAGAUUUAUCUAAAUAUUUAAAUGAUAAAAUCGAAAAUUUAAUAGAUGAAAUAAAAAAAAAAAUAUCAAUAUUUAUAUGUUUUCUUGUAAAAAGAGAUAUAUAUAUUUUGGAUGAGCCUUUUAUAGCUUUAGACAUAAAAACAAAAACUAAGUUAUUCAAAUUUUUUGAUAAAAUAAAAAAAAAUAAUAUUAUUUUAAUAUGUACUCACGAUAUUUAUGAAGCUAAUAAAUUCGCAGAUGAUAUAGCUAUUAUUAAAAGUGGUGAAAUUCUAUUUAAUGGUGGAAAACGUUAUUUUCAAAAUAUAAUAAAUUAUAAAUUUAUUCUUAAUGUUAGAUUUAAUUAUCCUUCAUAUGAUAAUAAUAAUAAUAAUAAUGAUGAUAAAUAUGAUCAUAUUUCAACAAAUGAAAAAAAUGUUAUUUUAUCUAUUUCAAAAGAAAUUAACAAAAGCAAUGAAAAUUCUAAACCCUUAUUAACACAUGAAGAUGGUAUAUUGUUUAAUAAAAAAUUAAAAAAUAAAUCAAAAAAUACAAUUUUUGAUAUAAUUAAUGGGGAUAUAAAAAAUGAUGAAAAUAGUAUAGAAUCAAUAAAAAACAGUUUUAUAAAAUAUAUAAAAAGUUCAAGAGAAUAUAAUAAAAAUUGUUAUAUAUUUUUUAAUAGAAAUUAUAUUUAUUGUACCUAUAAAAUAAACGAAUUAGAUAAACUAAAAAAUGUGAUAUCAAUAUUAAACAAACUAAAAAAUGUAUUACAUUAUGAAUUAAAAACUAUAGAUAUAUAUUAUACAUAUAUAUAUAUAUAUACCUAUAAUGAAAAAAUUAAAUUAUUAAAAACUAUUCAAGAUAAAGAUGUUAAGAAAUUAAUUAAAAUGGAUCCACUUUUUUAUAUAUUUUAUUAUAAUACCCAAUAUUUUAAUAAUAUAAAAAACCAAUUAAUUAUGGAAAGUACCAAAAAAGGAAAUAAAACGAUUACCGAUUUUGGAUACAUAAAUGAUAUGAUUCAAGGGAAAAUAACAGAAAAUAAUAAUACGAAUAUAAAACCCGGUUUUAAUAAAGAAAAGAAUGUUAAUUUUGUGAAUGAUGAUAAAUUAAAUAAAAGCUCAGGUAGCCAAUUAGAGAAAGAACAACAUACAGAGCAUAACCCAUAUUACAAUCAAAACAAAGACCAAAAUAAAGACCAAAAUAAAGGCCAAAAUAAAAGUUAUAAUGCAUAUACAGAAAAUAAUGCCAAAUCCGACGCCAAUAAAUUAAAUUUGGAAAAUUCAGGAAAAUAUAAUAAUUCAAAGAGUUAUAAAAUAAUAAAAAAAAUACAAAAUUUUUUUUCAGUAUAUAUUACACCUUCUAUAUUUUUAAAAUUGAAGAAAGAUUUAUCAGAAAUUAAUUUUUAUUGGUAUAAAUUUCUUGUCCCACUUUUAUUAUUAUCAUGUGGUUUACUUAUAAUUAAAUGUGUAUCCCUUUUUGGAAAAGUUCAAUACAUCAAAUUAGAUAAUUCAACAAUUUCUUCUAGCCAUUUAAAAGAAAGUAUAAUAAAUUAUGGGAUUAUAUAUAAGUUGAAAAUAAAUGACAGUGACGAAUAUAUAUAUAACAUUCCAGAAAUAGAUAAAUAUGAAUAUAAAAAAAAAAUGAUGAUCGGGCCAUUCAAAAAAUAUUUCAACCUUUAUAAAGAAAAUAAAAAUAAGAAUUAUGUAAAAAGUAAGUCUAUAAUUUAUGAUAGUCCAAGUCAUAUUGACAAUUCUGACAAAGCUGAUAAUGCUGACAAUUCUGACAAAGCUGAUAAUGCUGACAAUUCUGACAAAGCUGAUAAUGCUGACAAUUCUGACAAUCCUGGUAAUGCUGACGAUGAUAUAGGGAAGGAUCUGUUCGAUUAUUAUAAUAAUACAAUUUUUAGUCUUUUUAAAAAAUAUUCUUUAAAAGAAAAUAUAAACUAUAUAUAUGCUUACAUUGAUGAAGAUAAUUUAUAUGAUAGCAUAAGUGAUUAUUUGGAAUUGAGAUCAAAAUUAAAUAAUGAUUUAUCUUUAGGAAGUUAUGUUUUUAUAAUUAACGAAACUCAAACUAUUGAUGAGAAUAAUAAUGUUUAUAGUAAUAUAGAAAUGGAGAUAAAUUUAUUUCAUAAUUAUACAUCUAUUCAUGCCUAUCCAUAUUACACUAAUUUAGUUUUUAACGUUUUAUAUGAUUUUCAAAAUAUAGUAAAUAACAGAAAUAGUCAAAAAGAAAAGGUUAUUAAUAAUAUCGAAAUAAAUAACAACAUUCAUGAAAUGAAAGAGAAUGGAAAAAAUAAUAAAAAUUAUUAUGAGAAAAUAGACAUAAAAAGAACUGAUAUAAAAAAUGAACCAUUCAGAAUAAAAUACCAUGAAUAUUUUAUUAGAGAUUUUUAUAUAAAUAUGUAUGUAUUUUUAUCAUUAAUAAUAUUUUUUUGCGUAUUUUUUGAGAGAUUAAAAAAUGAAAUUGAGAAUAGGAAAAUUUUUACCAAUUUUAAUGUGAAUAAAUUUAUACAUUAUUUUCAAAUAAUAUUAUUAGAUUAUUUUUAUUUUAUAUUAUAUAUAAUAUUUUUAUUUAUAGUAUUAUAUAUAUUUGAAUGUACAGAAUUUUUAUAUCCCUCCUUUUUCUUUUUUCUUAUGAUGUUUGGCUUUAAUACAUUUUUAUCUAUAAGUUUAUUUUCAUCAUUAUAUUUAAAUAGUUAUAUUAUUUUUUUGUUUGUUAAUUUUAUAUUAUGUGCAAUAAUUAGUAUAGGUAUAUAUGUUAUAGUUCUUUUAUCAUAUGCAUAUAAUAAUAUAUUUUUAGUUAAAUUAUCUCAUAUGUUUGUGUGCAUAUUUAGGAUACUAGAUUCAUUUUGUUUAGCCCAUGCCCUAAACAUUAGAAGUUUGUGUUUAAAUUUAAAGAGAGAUUUGAAGACUAUUGAUAACGAUACAAUUAUUAACACUCAUUUCACUACCGACCAUUGGAAUUCUAAUAAAUAUAAUCAAAAUACAAAUUUUUUCCAAAAAAUAUUUCAUAAUAAUGUUUUUGAUCACACAUCUAAUGAUACAACUCAAACUAUUCCAGAUACCUGUUCAGAUAAAAAUUCAUUUUUUAACGAAAGAUGGGAUUUUAUAUUUAUAUUUAUUAACUGCUCUAUAUACUUUUUAAUAUUAUUUUAUAAAUUAUAUAGAUUAAGAUAUUUCCAAAAAAAAAAGAAAAUAGCAAACCAAAAAUUCAAGUCUACAUUUGAAGGCAAAUAUACAUUUUUAUUGAACAAUUUUAAUUUGCUCAACAAAAAGUAUAAAAGUAAAAAAAUGAACAAAAUGAAUGACAAAAAAAUGGAUGACAAAAUGAAUGAGCAUAAUGCCACCGAAUUAAAAACAUUAGAAGACAAGCAUAAUAAACGUUCCCAAAUUUUUACAGACUUUUCGAGAAAUGAUAAAGAAAAAAUAUAUACAAUUAGCAAAUAUGAAAACCCUGAAAUUUUAGAUAAUACCAAUUCACAAAAAAAAUUAGAAAAAAAAAAUAAUUUGUUAAAAGAAAACUUAAAAAAACGACAAAAUGAUUUACAACUAACUGAAGUAGAAAAUAUAGAUAAAAAAUCGUUACAAAAUAAUGUUAAAUAUAUAUUGAAAAAUAUAAAUAUAAAAAUAAAACCCUAUAAUAUAUAUACAUUUUCUUCAAUAUAUAACAACGAUUUAAAUGUACUUUAUUUAUUCAAAUAUUUUUUCCUUAAUAAUAUGAAUAAUAGUUAUGUAUAUGAAAAUGGCACAGAAAAUAAUAGAGGAUGUUUUAUUAGUAAAAUGUUUACUAGCAAAAAUAAAAAGAAAAAAAUAUUUGAUAUAUUUUCAGAGAAAGCACAAACAAAAAGUGAAAAUGAAUGUAAAUUAUUAUUAAUGCCAAAUAUGACAAUAUAUGAACAUUUUAAUCUAAUUUUCAAAUAUAAAAAAUUAAAUUUAACAGACAUCGAAUUAUUAUAUAUUAUUUAUACACUUAUGUUAUUAGUAAACUUAAAAUGUGAUGUACAUAUAAAAUGUAAUCAACUUAGUGGAGGUAUGAAGAAAAAGGUUAUUUUAAUGAUAAAUUUAUUAAUAAAUGAUGAUAUUAUUUUAUUAUAUAAAUUAAAUGAUAAUAUUGAUUUUUGUUCUCAAAUUUAUAUAAAUAUUAUUUUAAAAAAUAUACUUGAAAUGAACUCAAUGCUCAAUUAUACCCAAAAUGACGAUAUUGCUAGUAGUAUGGAUUAUAGUGUAAUAGAUAUGAAUCAGAAAAAAACAAAAAAAAAUAAAAAUGGAAAGCGUGACAUUACAAAAGAAAUUGGAAAUGAUUAUAUUUCAAACAAAACAAACCGUAGUGAUGAUGAUGAUAAUAAUAAUAAGAAGAAGAAUGGAGGAACAAAUAGUGUAAUACAAACAAGAAGCGAACAAAAUUUAGAAUGUUCAAUAUCAUCAAAUGUAAAUAGUAUAAAUCACAAUAUUAUUAACAGUUUUAUAAAAGAAAAUAUUUUAAAACUUCAAUUUUCUGCAACGAAUUAUAUAGUUUAUACUCACAUAUAUACAGAUAUGUUAUAUUAUGAUUAUUUAUAUUUAUUUAAUAAAAAUCAAAUUGCUUAUAAAAAUAAUGUAAAAAGUAUAAUUAAUAAUUUUGAAAAAUAUUAUUUAUUUCAAAUAAAAUUAAAAGGAAUACAUACAAGCAAGAUCUAUGAAUAUAUAGAAGCAUUUUUUUUAGAAAAUAAUAAUGCAUUUAAUAAAUUUAUAAAAGUAGUGAACACAUUUAACAAAAAAAAAAACAUAAAUUGCAAUCAUAUAGAACCUCAUUCGAUUUUGAACUUCCUUGAAAAGUAUGCAAAUAAGGGUAUGCUAAAUUUUAAUAAACUUUGCUAUAUUUUUAAAACAAAAAAAAGAAAGAGUGAACAAAAAUAUGUUUACCAUAAUGAUAUAAAUACACCAAGUGAUAGAAAUAAAGCUUUGAUAAAAUACUCAAAAAUUUAUAAAACUUUGAUUAAAUUGAUUGAUAAUAAUUUUUCUUAUGUUCAUGUAUAUUUAAACAGAAAUAAAUAUAUAUCUGUUUUUGAAUUAUUUAAAUUUGCAUUAUGUCGAAUAGCAUAUAAAGAUAUGCGAAAGUUUUUCAUGAAAUACAAAAAUAUCAAAAUUCUGUCCUCUGAAAUCAUCAAAUCAGACCAAUAUAACUUUGUGAUUAAAAUAUUAGAAAAUGCCCAAACGUUUAAACUAUUAGAAAUAAACGAGAAGCUCAAAUUUACAGACAACGAAUUCCAAGUGAGCCAUGUCAAUCUCGACAAUCUCAGUGCAAAUGAUAUUUUCCUAUUGAUUUUGAAGACGUGA